AUCUUUCUUCUUUAGCCAAAAGCAUGUCCGAACAACCAGAGGUAGCUCCCUAUGGAGGAUUCAUAACCAGAACUCUCGACGUAGAAAAAGAGAGAGAAGAAAAGUUGAAAGAACAAGCUAUUGAAGUCAAUGUUAAUAGCCACACUGAAAUCAUCAGACCUGAGGCCAUUUACAUCACUGGUGUAGACAGUUUAUCUACUGAUGACAUCAAGGCAUUUGUCGAUUACUACUUGAACUACAACGUUAUUGAAACUGUCAAUGAAGACGAGACAAAGAACAUCACUUAUGAACCACUUCCGUUUGAUGACCAAAUCCAAUUCAAGGUUGAAUGGAUUAAUGACUCAUCCGUCAAUAUCAGAUUCGAUACUCACGAAGAAAGUGCUAAGGCUUUACACAAAAUUUCCAUCACACAAGGUAAUCCAGAUGUAAUUGAUACAGACGAACCCCCUGUAAUUUCAUUUACCGACCCUCAAUACAUAAACAACAUUAUUCAAUUGCGAGAAUCAAAACCAUACACCCCUGUUAUUCAAUUCCGUAAACAGCAAAGCUUGGUGAAUAGAUUAGGGGUCAAGCCAGAGGCUGAAACAGAAAGCACUGAAAAAACUGAAAACACCGAAAACGCAGAAAGCGCUCCUGUCGAAGAAUCAGCUAUGGAAGAAGACGAAUCUUCGGUUGUUCUCUACACCAGACAAUCAUUCCAACUGGAUAGAAAAGUCAAGAAUGCUGCUCAAUACUCUCGUUACUACUUGAUCCAUGGUGAGCCGGAAAGAAAGCCUUAUAGAAAACACAAGAGAAGAAGAGAACCCAAACCUGAACCUGUCGAAGAGCAAGAACCAGAAGAGGACUUGUUUGCCGACAGAUUAUCAUUUAUCGAAAAUAGAAAAUCUCGAGAACCUUCCGCUAGAGCAGAACAAUUCGAUAAUGAAGAAGACUUAUUCGCGGACAAAUUAAGACAAAGGGAAAGAUCAAGAUCUCCAGUGAGAUCAGCCCAAAGAUCUAACUAUCGUCAUAGAUCGAACCGUUACAGAGAACGCUAGACGUUUGUACUAUUAUUGUAUCAAUCUUGUUUAAUUUUACAAAAGAACUGAAAUAUAUG